AUGAAACAAACCCCACCCUGGCUCUCCUGGAAUGUCUGUCUCAGGCUGAAGUUCCGGGCAGGGCGCCUUCCUGGUCCAGCGCGGAGGGAGCAGACCCAGGAGCCGAUUUCACAGCCUUCCCUCGGCUUCCAGGUGGCCUUGUCUUCUGGUGCCAGAUGUCAGAGCUCGCGGAAUGGCCCUGUCCUCUCCUCGCUGACUGUGGCUGGCCAUAUUUCAGCAUUGAAUUUCUAUUACAUCACGAUGUUGCGGGAUCCGGUGUCGCGCUACUUGAGCGAGUGGAAACACGUCCAGAGGGGCGCCACAUGGAAAACCUCCCUCCACAUGUGUGAUGGGAGAAGCCCCACCGCCGAUGAGCUGCCCACCUGUUACCCUGGGGACGACUGGUCUGGGGUGAGCUUGCGGGAGUUCAUGGACUGCACCUACAACCUGGCCAACAACCGCCAGGUGCGCAUGCUGGCCGACCUCAGCCUGGUGGGCUGCUACGACUUGACUUUCAUGAACGAGAGUGAAAGAAACGCUGUCCUGUUGCAGAGCGCCAAAAACAACCUCAAGAACAUGGCCUUCUUUGGGCUCACAGAAUUCCAGAGGAAGACACAGUUUCUCUUUGAGAGGACAUUCAACCUCAAGUUCAUCUCCCCCUUCACACAGUUCAAUAUAACGCGGGCUUCCAACGUGGACAUCAACGAGGGCGCCCGCCAGCGCAUCGAGGAGCUGAACUUCCUGGACAUGCAGCUUUAUGAGUAUGCGAAGGAUCUCUUCCGGCAGCGCUACCACCACACCAAGCAGCUGGAGCGCCAGCGGGACCGGCAAAAGAGGCGGGAGGAACGCCGGCUGCAGCGGGAGCACAGGGGCCACCGGUGGCCCAAAGAGGCUGGGGACGUGGAGGGGGCGGUCACUGAGGACUACAACAGCCAGGUGGUGAGAUGGUGACCCCCGGGCCUCUCCUCCCUCAGGAGGGGGGAGGACGAGCAGGGGCACUGACCCCCCGUGGUUCCCUGGGAGAGUGUUGGGCCAUUCUGAGGACAUCUGGCUGUAGGUGGCUUGAUUUGGAUACCUGCUUCCUCUUUGUCUUCAUCUUUACCCAGCUGGAGAUGACUCAUCUUGUUCUUUUUUUCCUGAUGUUUUUCGGUCCGUGAUAUGAGGUAGGGUAGGUCACUUUAGUUUGGGCCGUAGAGGCACACGUGAAAAGCCAGAUCACGGCUUGGAUGUUCUGGUGAAACUGGUCUGUUUCAUACUGUCUCUGUAAUGGAAAUAUUGGUCUGUUUAAAAAGAGAGAAAAGGAAGUCCCUUUCAGCGCUUAGAUGAGGUUUCAUGCCAGCCCUCACUUGGCUGUUGACUCUCCUCUUUGAACUCUAUUUGAAUGUGGUUGAAAUCAUAAGUAGAGUAACAGUGCUUUGUUGUCACAGCUAUUUUUAAACCAGAUUGCCCUCCUAUUGACCAUCACUAGAGACUCACCUCCUACAAGGCGUCAUAGCCCUGAACCAUGCUUUCUCCCCCAGUUAGGGAACGGCUAGUGGAUUCAGGACAGGGGUGCCUAUGGCCCCUGAGAAAUGAACGUUGGUAGGGACAUUGAGGAGAAAACGGGCUUAUUAACUAAUGCCUGGGAAGAUCACAUCUUAUCAAUUGUUAUUUCCAAGGUAAGGGAUGAAUGACAAAUGAAGAGGAAAACAUUUCCAACCAGCUACAGAACCUUAGUUUUUUAAGGAAUAUUUCUGUUUUUGCUCUUUGGAGCAGUCAUUGCCUUUGAUAUGGUACUGCCAGAUUUGAGAUUCUGUGAUCACAGAGGCAAUAAUGUUUACAAGGAAUUGGCCUGAAGAAUAGGGGCUUAGGGCUUAGCUAGCAUGUAUACAGAUGUAUUCAAGGUCACUAAAGAAUGCCUCAGAUUUAGGCCAGGAGACUUGGGACUCAAUGGGAGAGUUAUCCCGGGGGUGUAGACCGAUGCUACCUCCCAACAUCUUGAAUAUCUCCAGCCUGACAACUUCUAUGAUUUUUACCUGCUAUUAGACUCUCGCUAUAGCCAGCAAAUCAGACUGGAGUUGGUAACACUGGAUCCAAAAAGUACUGCGUUGCCAAGGGCUGCUUGUUUUCACCCAUCCCCAAACACAACUAUACUAACGUGAAGCUUAUUGUACAAUAAGGGGAGAAGUACAAAAGAGGUCAUAGAAGGCCCUUGCCCAGCAUUCAGUAGGAGGAUCAGAGUAGAUAGAAACAGAUUGAUCUGAUCAAUCCUUUCAAGGAACUGAAGGCAAAAUGAGUGAAACCCCUAAAUCAGAUUGAAAAGCCUAUUUCCUUGAUAUCUAACAUGUUUGAUGUUUAAGCCAGCUUUACAUAAGCCACAUCUCAGCCUUCAGAAUACUCUCUCUGGGGUUGAGAGUCAGUCAACCUACAAGCCUUCGUGCGCAGAGUGGGGCCCAGCGUCUCCAUCAAAGGGAGAUUGGGAAGGACCGCUGUGAUCCUUCUCUCACAGGCCCCGGCUUCAUCCGUCAUGCAAGGGAAGGCAGCCCUAGGGACCUCCCCUGGGCCAGGAAUGGUGGGAGGCCCUUCUCAUUCCUUCAGUCUUUUCACCGCAAGGUAGAUAUUAUUAGGCCCAGUUACAUAGACGAGGAAAGUGAAACCCACAGAUAAUUAGCAGCUUCCUCGUGGGUUGUACACUUGGUCUGGCUAACUGCAAAGUGUGGCUCUUUUCACUCCAUUAGGUUUUCCAUAUAGAAUAAAACCUUCCUGCCAAAAACACAAAAAGCCAACUCUUCCUGCCCAGAAGGGUCUGUCUCUAACCCACACAAUGGUGUGACUGUACAGCACCAAGCUAGCUGUGACCCACGGCCAUGCAGCCUUGGGAGGGUCCAGUCCUCUUCCCCCCAACUAACCCAUCAAUGAGCUGAGAGAUGGGUGACUUUUUGGGCAGUUGUACCUUCUGAGCCAUGUAGGAGGGUGAGUUAAAGAGGCCAAGUAAAUAUUGCUUGUUGGUUGGUAAAGAUGAAGCUCACAAAAUAUUAGUAUUUCCCUUUCCAAUGAUUUGUUCCCAAGGUAGAGAGGAAAGGAGGAUCCCAACUAGGAUUAAUGAGCAGUUUGCUCUCUAUCUUCCCAUUUCAAUGUUAGGAUCUAAUGUUCUGUCUAAAAUGACAGGGCUGCAAAUUACCUCUGCCUGCCAGUAUGAAACACAUAUACACACACACACAUGUGCACACACAAUAACAAUCCAGUGUUUUGUCUUGUGGAAAAUUGAAACAAGUUAGAAAGCAUUCAAAUUGUUUCUUUUAAACUCACUUGAAAUUUUUGGCAGGGAAUUCAUGCAUAGCUGAGACUUGGAAGCAUCCUCGGCUAACUUCACACUGUUCCUUAGGCACCUUGGGAUUUAUAUCAAAAGGCUUUCCAAGGCCUUGCUGCUGAAGGCAUGACGUGUGGUGCUCCACUUGAGACCAGAUAUCAGGAUGUUCAGAGAGGAAACCAUCUCUUUGAGUUGGCCUGAGGCCAGUGCUGAGCAAAUUAAAAAGACCGACACGGGCUUCUUCCCUCAUAUCAUUUCAUUUGAAAGCAGCAUGCUUCUCACAUCCCUGGGGUCCUAUGUUGAUAGAAAUGAAGAGGUAGGGAUGGAUGCAGUUUGUUCUCCAAAAAUUGACUGCACACCUACACACUGGGCGAAGCUCAGGGAAGAGGCACCAACAGAACGCAUCCGGGCCUAAGGAUCCAGGGGAAGUCAGCAGCUUUAAGAUCCAAAACCAAAUCAAUUCCAGAUACAUCAGUAUUAAAAGCCCAAGAAGAGGCCAAAAAGGAAAAAAUGCCCCAGGGAGUUCCAUAGACCACUGAGUCCUGCGGUUCCCAGGUACCUUCCUUCCCUUCUCUUAGCACAGGCAGCCCACGUAACCAGAUUGGAAGGAGGUGUCCUUAUGUGUGUGUGUGUUUAGAUUAUUAUUAAGGAGUAAGCACAUGCUAUCCAUUCUGUCUCCGAAUUUAUUGGCAGCCUACUCUCGGCAGCUGGAGAAAACAUGCCCUGACAAUUAUUUGGAUAUUCUCUCUAAUAACUGAAUAACAUCAGCAAUCAGUGUUAGGUAACAGCUAAGGGUAUCAUGUGUGCUAUUUAAAAAUCAUAAAUGUGUUUCCUAUCAUCUAAAGGAGGUAACUUUGUUCCUCCCUUAUAGGUGACCAAACAUUGGAAAUAAGAGGAUUUGUCCAAAAAUCUGAGUAGAGAUAGUGUUCAUGUAGGGUAGAAAGUCUACCAAAAAAGACCUAGCAAGGCCACCUAGUGAUGAUCUAAUGAGCAUAAAUCAUUAAAAAAUAUAGAUAUAAGCCCAUAGAAACUUAUUUCCAUUUGGCUGCUUUAACAGUGAAACUCAAAAUAAUAAUGAUUUCCAUAAGAUUGAAGCCACAAACUGACUGGAUAGCUCUGGAGCAUGACAUUGCAGAAACCCAAGCCCUCUCUCAUUGCACUUUCAUCCUAAUGUGCACCUUCCACCUCAUAGUCCAAAAUAACUGCUGCAGCUCCUGCCAUCUCAUUUGUACUUCAGACAACAGAGAGGAAAGUAAGGGACAUUGUACAUAUCACUUCCAAUCACAUUUCUUUGGCUAGAACCUAGGUAUUAACUAUAAUUAACUGAAGUGAGGGCAAGGAAAUGUCUUUAUUAUUGGUUGCCAUGUGACUUGAUAAAUAUGGGGAUUCUAUUAUUAAAGAAACAAAGUGAAAAUUAAGACAGAUAAAGCUAUCAGUCUCUGA